AUGGUUGAAUUGGAAUGGAUCAUCAAGUUCUGUGAUACAGGGAUGGGGAUAGUUAUCAUUAAGAGAAUUGAGUUAGAGGACUCAUUGGAGAACGUCGGAGUGAAAUUGGUGAGGCAAGCUGGUGCAAAAACCAAUGAUAUUGCUGGUGAUGGUUGCACUACAUCUGUCGUGCUAGCUCAGGGUUUGAUUGCUGAGGGUGUAAAGGUUAUUGCAGCGGGCAUGAAUCCUAUUCAGAUCUCACGUGGGAUUGAGAAAACUGCAAAAGCCCUUGUUUCUGAACUCAAAUUGAUGAGCAGAGAGGUUCAGGAUCAUGAGCUUGCAGAUGUUGCUGCCGUAAGUGCAGGAAAUGACUAUGAAGUAGGAAACAUGAUAGCUGAUGCUCUUCAACAAGUAGGAAGGAUGGGUAUAGUCACAGUUGAAAAAGGGAACUGUUCUGAGAAUACUCUACAGAUUGUAGAAGGGAUGCAUUUUGAUCGUGGAUACUUAUCUCCUUAUUUUGUUACGGAUCAACAAAAGAAGACAGUGGAGUUUCACAACUGCAAGUUGCUUUUGGUAAACAAAAAAAUCACGAACCCAAAGGAGAUGUUUAAAAUAUUGGACAAUGCUGUUAAGGAGAAGUAUCCAAUUGUGAUAGUUGCAGAGGGCAUUGAGCAAGAAGCUCUGGCUCCAGUAAUUAGGAACAAACUCAGGGGUGUGCUGAAAGCUGCGGCUAUUAAAGCUCCUGCCUUUGGUGAGCGCAAGAGCCACUGCUUAGAUGACAUUGCUAUCUUAACUGGAGGGACUGUAAUCAGAGAUGACAUGGGAUUGACCCUUGAAAAGGCGAACAAGGAGGUUUUAGGGACUGCUACUAAGGUGGUGAUAACUAAGGAUUCUACAUUAAUAGUUACUGAUGGUAGCAAUCAAGCUGCUGUCCAGAAGAGGGUUUCUCAGAUUCAGAGGCUUGUUGAGAAUACUGAAGAAAAAUUUCAAAAGAAAAUACUGAACGAAAGAAUAGCAAGGUUGUCAGGGGGAAUUGCCAUUCUGCAGGUAGGAGCACAAACACAAGUUGAAUUAAAGGAUAAACAACUAAGGACUGAAGAUGCUUUGAAUGCGACGAAGGCUGCUAUUGAGGAGGGAGUUGUAGUUGGUGGCGGUUGUUGUCUAUUGAGGCUUGCUUUAAAGGUGGACAGUAGUAAACAACUUCUGGACAAUGAAGAGCAAAAGAUUGGAGCUGACAUCUUCAAAAGAGCUUUGGCCUAUCCUGCUAGACGGAUUGCCAAAAAUGCUGGUGUUAAUGGGAAUGUUGUUAUAGAGAAGGUUCUUUCUAUUGAUGACAUGAAGUAUGGAUACAAUGCUGCAAAAGACCAAUAUGAGGAUUUGAUGGCUGCUGGAGUUCUGGAUCCAUCAAAGGUACCAAGAGACAUGGCUUAG